AUGGCAAUCAAUCGUCUACGUCUUCUAUCAGAUCAGCCAAUAGCAAUCCAUCAUAUGGAUUCUUCAUUUGCUUUAGGUGUUUACUGUGGUAAUGUGAAAACACAACAGCUAUUCCCUUACCCUGAUGCACUCGAUGAUGAAUCCAAAGACACAGUCAAACUUAUGAUUGAUCCCUUGGAGAAAUAUUUCCGUGAAGUUCAUGAUGCAUCGCAAUGUGAUCUGGAUGAAAAAUUGCCCAAGAAAUCGAUCGAAGUACUGAAGGAGCUUGGUGCCCUUGGUAUGCAAGCUCCGCAAGAAUAUGGUGGAAUGCAAUUAAAGAGAACACAAUAUGCACGAAUAUCUGAAAUCAUAGGAUCGUUCGAUUUAUCCAUUGCCGUAUUUAUGGCCGGCCAUCAAGCCAUCGGUUAUAAAGGGAUCGUACUCUUUGGCAACGAGCAACAAAAGCAAAAGUAUUUACCAAGUUUAGCAACUGGCGAUAAAAUUGCUGCUUUUUGUUUAACCGAACCCUCAGCUGGAUCGGAUGCCAAUUCUAUCCGUAGCACAGCUGUCCUUGAUGAUGAUGGCAAGCAUUACAUAUUAAAUGGCAACAAAAUAUGGAUUAGCAAUGGCGGCAUAGCCGAUGUGAUGACUGUAUUCGCUCAAGUUCCAAUCAAGAAGAACGAUUCCGAUAAAGAAUCUCAAGCAGUGACAGCUUUUAUAGUAGAGAGAGAUUUCGGCGGUGUUACUAGCGGUCCUCCAGAGAAAAAGAUGGGAAUAAGGUCAUCCAAUACUACGGCAGUCUAUUUCGAUGAUGUCAAAAUACCAGUAGAGAACGUGAUAGGUAAAGUCGGUGAGGGUUUUAAAGUAGCUAUGAAUAUACUCAAUGAAGGUCGAUAUGCUAUGGGCGCCACCAUGACUGGUAUAAUUCGAACCUUAAUGACUAAAACUAUCGAGCAUGCUAAAAAUCGAGUUCAAUUUGGCCGGCAUUUAAUCGAAUAUCAAUCAAUACAAGAAAAAAUUGCUCAAAUGGGUCUCACUCACUACGCUGUCGAAUCGGUCGCCUAUGCUGUGAGUAAUAACAUGGAUAGAGGCAUUAAAGAAUUUCAAGUUGAAGCUGCUAUCAGUAAAGUAUUAAGUUCUGAAUCAGCUUGGAAAGUAAGCGAUGAUUGCAUACAAAUAUUAGCUGGUAUGGGAUUUAUGAGAGAAAAUCAAGCAGAACGUUUCAUGAGAGAUGCACGAGUUUGUCGUAUAUUUGAAGGUGCCAACGAUGUUUUACGCCAAUUUAUUGCCUUAAACGGUAUUCAGUAUGCUGGAAAGAAUAUGAAAGAACUACAGAAAGCGUUGCAGCAGCCAAUCUCCAAUUUCGGUACACUAUGGAAUCAAGGUGUUAAACGAUCGAAACGUCUUAUAGGCAAGGCUGACAGUCAAGAGCUACUCGAGGUAACUGCACCUGAACUAAGCGAUUGUGCUAAGAUGAUUACACAACGCAUUGAAGAAUUUGGUGCUACGAUAGAAAAGAUACUAAUCCAACAUGGCCGAAAUAUCGUCGACCAGCAGUUUAUAUUAACCCGCAUAGCCAACGCUACAAUUGAUAUUUACUCUAUGGCUGCAGUAUUAUCUAGAGCAAGUAAAGCGAUCAGUAGUAAUUUACCGACAGCAGAUCAUGAGAGACUAUUGGCGUCUACACUUAUUGAUGAGUGCUGUGAAAGAGUUGAACAAAAUCUAGCAGAAGCAAUUACGAAAAAAAGUUUAGACCGCUUUACUGCUUACUCAAGUAUAGCUAAAGAAGUUAGUGAAAAUGAAGGAAUGGCUACAACUCGACCUUUAAGAUUCUAA